GGGAAACAGAAGAAAACAAGAAAAUAUGCCACUAUGAAACGCAUGAUCAGCCUCCGUGACCAGCGCCUCAAGGAGCAAGAUCGAGCAAAAGCCAAGAAGAAAAAGAAGGAUGACCCAAGUGCUAUCAAAGAGAGAGAGGUCCCUCAACAUCCCUCCUGUUUGUUCUUCCAAUAUAACACACAACUUGGGCCACCCUACUACAUCCUGGUCGACACCAACUUUAUCAAUUUCUCCAUUAAAGCCAAAUUGGACCUGGUGCAGUCAAUGAUGGAUUGCCUUUAUGCCAAAUGUAUUCCCUGUAUCACAGAUUGUGUCAUGGCUGAAAUUGAGAAGUUGGGACAGAAAUAUCGUGUGGCCUUAAGGAUAGCCAAAGACCCACGAUUUGAACGCCUGCCAUGCACUCACAAAGGAACCUAUGCAGAUGACUGUUUGGUGCAGAGGGUGACUCAGCACAAAUGUUACAUAGUGGCUACUGUAGACAGAGACCUGAAGCGCAGAAUACGGAAAAUCCCUGGAGUCCCUAUAAUGUAUAUAUCCAAUCACAGGUAUAACAUUGAGAGGAUGCCAGAUGACUAUGGAGCUCCUCGAUUUUAGCCUCGCGUUGGAAAGCAUCCAAGAGAAGCCUGUUUUGUCAAACUCCCAUAUUCCAGAACUCUU